AUGGCGGUAGAGAUUGAUGGUGGUUGUCGGAGAAUACAUAGAGAAAGAGGAAAAGGAAGAUGGAAGAAAGGGAAAAUGAGAGCUCUAGUUUCUUGUCUUCUCUGCGGGCCCUCUUCCGACAUCACAACUUCCACUAACGUUCUUCUAACAAGGUACUCUUGUAGUUGGUGGUUUGAUUUUGACCAAUGUCGACAAAAGGAAGGGAUACCAGCAUGA